AGAAGAAGUCACGUGUGAUUGUUUCUGCAGGAAAUCGACAGUCAGUUGGUCUUUCGACUGGAAAUGAAUAACCAGCUACAUUUUCACACAUUGAAUAAGUGUCUCAUUAUGUCUACGUUUUGAAUUAAGAAAGAAUAUUUAAAAUAAGCAAAGCAAACGUUAGCCAACUUGCCAGGGCAACGCCCUGUCAGUAACGUUAGAUAGGCGUGCUAGCUAUAGCUAGCUAACCGGUUUGGACCACAGAAUAUUUACAUGGUUUGACAUACUGUACACCGAUAAAAUGGAGCUGUUUCAAGCCAAAGACCAUUAUAUUCUCCAGAGUGGCGACCAUGCUCUUUGGUGUAGCCGAAUAGAUGGGACCAUGAGCGCCAGACCUGCAACAGACCUUCUGUUAGCUUGGAACCCAGUGUGCUUGGGCCUGGUUGAGGGUCUCAUCGGGAAAAUACAACUUCAUACAGAUCUUCCUCUGGGUCUCAUACUGAUCCGCCAAAAAGCGCUGGUUGGCCAGAUGCCAGGUGACCACAAAGUCUACAAGAUCACCAAGAUAGCUGUCAUUCCUCUGUCUGAGGAAGAGCCAGUGGAUCUGGAGCUGGAGCUUUGUAAGAAGCAUCACUUUGGGAUCGACAAGCCAGAGAAGCUUGCACCGUCUCCAGAUGAGUCGAAGUACCUGAUGAAAACUCUGAGUCAGAUCAAGUCCAAUGUUGGGGCUCCCACUAAGAAAAAGUAUUCCCCUGCCUUUCAGGUUAAGGAAAACAAAGAGAAGGAACGUCUCGAGAGGCGGUUGCUCGACGAGCUGUACAAGAUAUUCAUGGACUCCGAUUCCUUCUACUACAGCAUGACUUAUGACCUCACCAACACUGUGCAGCGGCAGGGAGACACAGAAAAGUCCAACUUACCCCAAUGGAAACAGGUGGAUGACAGAUUCUUCUGGAACAAACACAUGGUCCAGGAGCUAAUUGAUCUGCAGGUUCCAGAGGUGGACUUCUGGGUGACACCCAUCAUUCAGGGCUUUGUGCAGGUGCAGGAGCUGGUAGUGAAUUACAACGAGAGCCCAGAGGAGGAGAAGAGCAGCCCCGAUACGCCGCUCCAGGAGCUCACCUGCGUGGACGACAUCCACCCGCGCUUCACCGUGGCCCUCAUCUCCCGCCGCAGUCGCCACCGUGCAGGGAUGCGGUACAAACGCAGAGGGGUAGACACAGAUGGACACGUGGCUAACUUUGUGGAGACCGAGCAGCUGAUACACGUGCACAACCACUCACUGUCCUUUGUGCAGAGCCGCGGUUCGGUGCCUGUCUUCUGGAGCCAAGCAGGCUACCGCUACAACCCCAGGCCUCGGCUGGAGAAAGGAGAAAAGGAGACCAUUCCUUACUUUGCGGCUCACUUUGACGAGCAGCUCAACCUUUACAAGAAGCAGGUCAUCAUAAACUUAGUGGACCAAAGUGGGCGUGAGAAGAUUAUUGUCGACGCAUAUCUCAAACAAGUCCUUCUGUACAACAAUCCUAACCUUACAUAUGUCUCUUUUGACUUCCAUGAGCACUGUCGAGGUAUGAAGUUUGAGAAUGUGCAAACGCUGACAGAUGCCAUCUCUGAUAUUAUCGCAGACAUGAGAUGGGGCUGGGUGGACCAGGCAGGAGUCAUCUGCCAUCAGGAGGGCAUUUUCCGGGUCAACUGCAUGGACUGUCUGGACAGGACCAAUGUAGUCCAGGCUGCCAUAGCUCGUGCAGUAAUGGAGGCACAGCUGAAGAAACUAGGUGUGAUGCCCCCUGAGCAGCCUCUGCCGCUCAAGUGCUACAGGAUCUACCAGGUCAUGUGGGCCAACAACGGCGACACCAUCAGCAGACAGUACGCCGGCACAGCCGCCCUCAAGGGAGACUUCACCAGAACGGGGGAGAGAAAACUGGCCGGGGUGAUGAAAGAUGGCGUGAACUCAGCCAACCGCUACUAUCUGAACCGCUUCAGGGACGCAUACAGACAAGCAGUCAUUGACCUGAUGAUGGGCCAUCCUGUGACAGAGGACCUGUACUCCAUUUUCAGUAAGGAGAAGGAGCAUGAGGAGAAGGAGCAGGAGAGCCAGAGAGUAACCCAGGAGCAGGUCAGCCUCCUGCUACAGACUUACAUGCAGCUACUGCUGCCCGACGACGAGAAGUUCCAUGGUGGCUGGGCACUCAUCGACUGUGACAUGAGCCUUAUUGACGCAACCAGCAAAGACGUGGAUGUUCUCCUGCUGUUAUCCAACAGUGCAUAUUACAUUGCAUACUAUGAUGAGGAAGCUGACAAAGUCAAUCAGUACCAGCGCCUCAACUUGGAGGGUUUGGAAAAGAUUGAAAUAGGCCCAGAACCUACUCUGUUCGGGAAGCCCAAAUUCUGCUGUAUGCGUCUACACUACAAGAAUGAGGAGACAAGUGGGUAUUUUCACACACUGAGGGCUGUCACAAGGAAUCCUGAGGAUGACGGUAAAGACACGUUACAGUGCAUAGCUGAGAUGCUUUGCAUAACAAAGCAAGCCAUGGGACUUGACAUGCAGGUGAUUGAAAAGAAACUGGAGAGAAGGCACAGUAAACCUCACGAGGACAUCAUGGGCAGACACCCUGACCAGGUCCUUGGCAGCUCUGGUCUGGCUCAGGGAAAGAGCUUCCUCCUCAACAAGUUCUCCUCUCUCAACCAGAGGGUGAAGAAGUCCAAUGUCAACAUGGGCUCCUUCAAGGGGAGGCUGGGCAACACCUUCUCCACUAAGCCCGACGUGAACUUCCUGAAGCCCACCAUUGGGAUCACCCUCUGGAAGUCUGACAGCAGCUUGGAGACCUCCGAGGGGGCAAACACCGGCCCGGCUCUGAAGGACCUCUGUGACAACCACUCAGAGAUGUCGUCCGACUCAGAUUCGUACAACUCGGAUGAACACCUGCGCGCCGGCUCCUUGGAAAAUGUGGACUAUGUGCUGCCCAGCUGCGGCAUCGUGGCAUCAGCUCCUCGGCUAGGCAGCGUGGAGCUUAACAUCAGAGUCACUGGCAGUGACAGUAAACAGGGGGCUCCGGCUCUAGCCGGUCCUGAAGACCAGUCUCCCGACGCUACCUCAGAGGGUGAGGAGGCCAUCCUGAUAGACUUUGGAACGCCCAUUGAUGCCUAUUGCCACCAAUUCAUCCAAGAUGCGCAGACCAAACCUGUGGAGGUAUUCGGGGAGCAGAUGACUGGUGGCGUCCCAACACAGAACCCACAUGUCCCUUCACAUGCUAAAGGUCCCCUGGCCCCAGACGAGCACCCAGGUUCAGAUCAGAAGAUGCAGGCGAAAGAGCUCCAGCUCCCUUCCAGGCCAUCCCAGCUAGAUGUUACCUCCAGACCCAAUCUCCUGACUGCCCAGAAGCUCAGCUCGGCAGCUUCUGGCAGCUCCCAGAGGAGCCUGGGCUCUCACAUGGAGGGCAGCCUGGGCCCCUUGCCCGCCGACGGCAACAGCAGCCGAGUGGUUUCCCCCUUUGCCAAGAUCAAGAGCUCAAUGGUGCAGGUGGCCAGCCUGACCCAGGCCGGACUUACCCAAGGCAUCAACUUUGCCGUGGCAAAGGUGCAGAAAAGCCCAGAGCCAGAAAUGGGCGGUCUCAAUGAGACACAAGAGAAAGAGCUGAAGGCAAUGUUUACACAGUGCCAGACAAGGAUCAUACAGAUCUAGCACUUCUAAAGUUGUAGCCUCUAAGCAGGUUUUUGUACAGUUAGUAGUAUAGUAUGUGACUUCCAGUACAGUAGCUAGCAGUAGCAUAAGCUUGCACAAGAAGGGACCCACACUGACUUGACUAAGAACCCUGCUCUUCAAUUCCCCUUGUAGUUGACCUGACCAUGUUUACAGCCAGUGUUGUGUAGUAUAUAAUACCCCAGCUCAAUACACGGCGUACUUAAUCCUAAUGCAAUUCCUUUCCGACUACCGCAAAGCAUUAUAUUCUGCCAAUAUGAACUAAUUGAACUAACCAUAGCCUAAAGAAAAUGAUUUAAUGAAAAGCAGCAAACAGACAACAUUCUUUAAUAAGACUCAAACAGAAAAAGGCAAUAGCUACACCUCGUUUCAAUUUCCCACCCAAAUACAGGGAAACUCUACAUAUUUCAAUGUGUUGAGUGCGCAAGUGGGUCUGUACUCUGUACGCAGCGUAGUACCUUCGUUGACGUGUUUUGCUCGACAAAGACUGAAGCAUUCCUUUCAAUUGAUUUUCCAGCUACAUUUGCAUGUCAGGCUAUUGUUGAUAACUGAAUUAGAUAAGGUAGGCAAUAUCCAGUGCAUGUUGAGAGAUGAGCUCUGAAUUGAUUACUUUUGUGAUUCCAUAGGUGCAGUGCACCUAUUGGCGUUUAUGAUAUAGGCCUAGUUCAUAGCUCUGUUUCAAAAACAUUAGUAGAAGUAUCCGACCAAAUGUCCCUAUUGAUUUUCAAAGGGCAGCUCAAUGUUAGAUAUUAGACCUACCCUAGGCUAGUAAGAAAACAAACAUACAACUCCUAGAUAAAUGGGGAUCAGUAGCUCGGUUUCCAUCAAAUUGGUGACAGAUUUUCAUGCAAAUAUUCAAAAAUCUGCAUUAAAAACAAUAUUCUCAUUUUCCCACCAGAGAUGUUUCCAUCAAAUUGACUUGUGCAUGAUAACGUAGUGCACAUAAAAAUUACUUUUGCGGUUACAUUCCUGUUCCGAAAAAAACUAAACUAAAUUGGUUUCCAUCGCAUUUAACUCUGUUUUGUCACAAAACAAAUUGUUAUACAGUGGGGUCAGAAAUUAUUGACAACUUUAAUAAAGAUGAGCAAUGACUGUGAAAUAAUUAAAAUACUGAACUAUAUUGUAUGCUCAAUUUUUUGGGGGGGAAAUUAUAUUAAUACAAUUACUCAGAAAAUAGAUUGUUUAAACAAGUAAUAUAAAAAGAUCUAAAGAAGGUGGGGUUCAAAAUUGACUCCACUAAAGAUUCUUGUAAAUAAAGUAGUCAAGUUUAGUAUUUGGUCCCAUAUUAUUAAUGGUAAAUAAUGUAUUGUGUUAUUUUGGAGUCACUUUUGUAAAUAAGAAUGGAAUAUGUUUCUAAACACCACUUGAUACCAUGAUUACAGCUAAUCCUGAAAUGAAUCUUGAGUGAGAAAGUUUGACCUAAGAUCAUACCCCCCCAACAAGUUUGAGUCACACGCUUAAUGUUGUCAUUGCGUGCUAGGAAUAUGGGACCAAAUAGAAACACUUUUGACUACUUUAUCUUUACGGAUGACAAUGAUGACCCCUAACUUUGAGAUUUUUUUUAAUGACUUGUUAAACAAAAUCUCGUUCUCUGAGAAAUUGUAUUAGUAUAAAAUAAUUGCAUUCAUUAUUGCUCAUAUUUAUCAAGGUUGUCAAUAAUUUUGGACCCCACUGUAACCUAUGUGCCCACACUGGUCUUUGCACGUGCUCUCUAGCCAAAAGCUUGCAGAUAGUGCAGGUAGGCUACCAACAUGAUGAAUUUCCUAUUAUGGACAAAAGAGCAAGAUUAUUUUUACUUGUCAAACGGCAGCCAAGCAUCGAUCAUCAUGUCACCAUAAUAAGACUCUCGAUAUUUAUUUGAAAACAGCAUUAAGCUUAUCACCGUGCACUUUCUCCAUCCUCAUAACUUAUUCCAUCUGUAGCAUAAUACACUCCAUGCUUUUCCGAGUUGUAGUGGGUGGACCACACAUGUCAUUGUGUGACUCCAAGUUCGAUAUGAUGGUUAUUAUAUCAAUAUUUGCGUAUAAUUAAUUUUACUGACACAAAAAGAUCCCACCUUGUCUAGCAGAUUCUGUCGUGAAUUAUUUUAUUUUUCUAUCCCACAUGUACUUUACUCUCAUAAAAAAGUUAGUUGGAAACCUGGUUAUUGUUGUCGAGUUUAUUCCCCAUCAAUAUAGGACAUUUAGCAACGUACAAGAAUUCCGGUAAGAGUAUAUACUGUUUGAUAUGUAAGUAUUGUACUGUAUGUAUAUCUGUUCCCUAAGUUAUAACCUUUUCAUUGACCAACAAGUAUUUAUGGACAUAUAACUAUAUCUCCGUACACUUUGGCUUUUGAUCAUGUUGAUGCUAGAGUUAGAUGCACUGCUGCUGAACAUUUCCGAAGGGGUUUGAGCAUACCCAAAAGUCACUAUUAACUGACAGCUUACCAAAAUCAUUUGAGAUUCUGUAAGCAUUGGUGGAUUGAUAGGAUUUAAUUGAGUUUUCAUACAAAUGGUUGUAUGCAUUAGGUCUAUGAGCCCUAAGUCCGUCACAUGUUCGACAAAUACUGUACAGUAGCAUAUAGAAUAUAUGCAAUGUGGUCCGUCCAAAGCUUAUUAAAAACACACUUCGAUGCUUUAUGCACUCCUGAAUCUAAAGUGUAAGCCUUAAAAGGACAUGAAAGUGGGAGAUUGUAUCAGGUAUUUAUGGCAAAUCUACCUUUAGAGUUAAGUUUAUUCCAUCAUGAUGUUGCAUAAUUGGUUUGAUCUUGGUACUGUAUAUUAGAUCAUGUUCAGGGUAAUGUCAGCUUUGUCUUGGGAUAUUCCGUCCUCUGGCCUAUGUUUUUAAAUGGUGUUCAAUGCUCAGGACAUGAGCUCCAUUGCUGUGUUUUCAACUUUGUGGCAACAGUUUGGGGAAGGUCAAUACAGAAAUGGUUUGUUGAGAUUGGUGUGGAAGAACUUGACUCCAUAUUAAUGAUAAUGAUUUUGGAAUGAGAUGUUCAAUGAGCAGGUGUCCACAUUGGCCACGUCGUGUAUAAACGCAACAUGUAAUAAUUUCAAAUAUUUUAAUGAGUUACAGUUGUUAUAAGGAAAUCAGUCCAAUUGAAAUAUAUUCAUUAAGGCCCUAAUCUAUGGAUUUCAAAUGGGAAUACAGAUAUGGAUCAGAAAACCAAGAAACUGUCCUCGGAAUUGUGGAUGCCGAAUGAUUUCCUAGUAGCCUGCUGAUAUUGUUUGGCACUGCCAAAGCUUUAAUAUGACAUCCUCAAUGCAAUAGGAAUAUAAGGCUUUAAGCAGGGCUACGGGUUGUAUUUCAUGUUGUAUUUAAGAAUGCAUGCACUACACUGGAGCAGUUAAAUCGGAGCAGAAACCGUUCUUACCUGAAUUAAAUACCGAUUUGUAAAACAUGAUUAUUUUAUAGUGUAAACACUCCUUUCAUAUGGAGUUUUAAUGUUAGGAGGGGGUAUAGUCCUUACAUUUGCCAGAUGGGAGUUUUUUUUUUUUUUUUUUUUUACACUAAGUGCUUUUGAAACAACCUUUUAUUUGUCAUCAAUGGCUGAUGUCACUUGCCAGAUAUGUACCAGUAAGGAUUCUGCCCAUAGACAAAGUACAGUUCUAUUUCAAAUAUAUUGUUUCGAUAUCUCACAAUGGCCGUUGUCUUAGAUGGAUUCUCUAAUGGAAGAACCAAUCACAGCAGAGCUAUUGAGCCUACUGCUACGCAAAACCCCCAGCUACGCAGCAGGCUGUCAACCGACAUUUCGGCCUUUCCCAGAGGCCGACAGUGGGGGAAGCGUUCGAUCGCUGCGACUGCAUCGAGGUCCCGCCCAACUGGAGGGGCGUCUGACCUAGGGGUACGUGCCCGGCGGUAGAUGCAGCCAACAGAUCACUAUGGGGCAGAGGCACAUCUCUACUCCUAAAACCCCACCACUCGUGCAGCAGUGCUCUUCUAUGCAUCUGCUCACAGGGACCGCCACUGGUGAGCAAGAGUCAUCUGACUUGUGAGCAACUCGCUGCAGGAAACUGGCGAGCAUGUGCAGUCAAUGCCCGCCCUAUUCUGGAUCUACGGAUCCUCAACAGAUUUCUGAGAAAGUCCAUAUUCUGUAUGCUUACGCUCAACGUGCUGUCUCGCUCUGUUAAGGUCGACUGGUUCAUUUCAGUAGAGACCGUAAGAGAAAGACAGAUUGGAGAGCUGUUUGUACCAGAUUCGAACCCACGCCAGCGGCCCUAACUGCUAGGCUGUCGCAGGACGCUUAUUUUCACAUAAGUAUUCUGCCGACACACAGGAGGUUUCUCAGGUUCGCCUUUCAAGGCAAAGCUUCCGAAUACCUCGCUGUUCUCUUCGGGCUAGCGUUGGCUCCCUGAACGUUCAAGUGUGUAGAGGCGGCGCUAGCACCCCAGAGGGGUUAAAAGUAUCCUCUUACAUAGACCAUUACCUGCUUUGCUCCCCUACACAGAAGCAAGCGGUACUAGACAUGGCUUCUCUUGUAUGCACUCUUGUAAACACUUCACCGAGCUAGGGUUCAAGGUCAACCAGAAAAAGAGCUGUUUGGUGCCCACUCAGAGAAUAGAAUACCUUGGCGUCAAGCUGGAUUCUCUCUUAUCGGGCUACACUAUUGGACAGCCACGCUCAAAACAUGUCUCAGAGUUCUUGGGUUGAUGGCGUCCACCUCAGUAGUACCACUAGGACUACUGAGAAUGACACUUCCAGAGUUGGGUAAAAAUUGUCAACGUUGGCACCUCAAUCGAAAGAUGAAGGUUUCCACGGACUGUCUCAGCUCUUCGUCACUGGAAGAUCCCCUCAAUCUUCUUUUCAGGCACCCCCUUAGGGGUAGUGUCAUCGAGGAAGGAGGUGACGACAGAUGCAUCAGUCAAAGGAUGGGGCGCAGUUCACGAGGGAAGAGCAAUAAACAGACUGCGAUCCCCACAGCUCCGCCACGCUCGUAAAGGACCUCAAACUGCUGAGUGUUUCAUUUGAAAUUGUCACAUCCUGGUCAGAACAGACAAUAUUACUGGAGGCAUACAUCAACCACCAGGAUGGCACUUUCUCGCUGCGCUUACACAGACUGCCAAGAGUAUUCUGUGGAGCAGUGCACAUCUCUCAUUAUGCGUGACUCAUGUCCCGGGUGUACUGAAUGUGGGAGCAGACUUGUUGUCCAGGGGGAAUCCCAGAUCUGGGGAAGAGUUACCGUAGAUCGCUUCACAGAAAGACACGUUGUCCCUUGGCCAAGAGUGUUGCUCUAUGCUUGAUCCUCCCCUCUCUGAACAGAGUGAGGGAACAAGGCUUAUCCCUGAUCUUGAUAGCCCCUCGAUGGCCAGGAAAGCUCUGGGUAGCAAAGCUCACUUUACGACGAGCCCUGGCAGCUACCAUUACGCAAGGGAUCUACUGACCCAAGCGAACAGAGAGAUUUUCCACCCUUACCCGGAAACCAUGACCCUCACUGUAUGUGAACAAGUGGUGCGUAUUUGAGAGGUGGUGUGACCAGAAACAGAAUUCCUUACCAAUGCUCUGUAUCCAAGGUUUUAUGCUUCUUGCAGGAUUUUAGACGGAGGGGAGGCAUUCUCCACUGUUAAGGUUUAUUUAGCCGUCAUAUCUGCCUGUCGUAUAGACUUCAACAAUCACACAGUAGGGAAACGCCCUCUUAUGUUUUAUGAAGAGAGUGCGUCGUUUACGCCGUCGCCAAGCCUUUAACUCAGUCUUGGUACUUUGCUUGAGGCAAUUUCCCAGCAGUUGCUGGAAAGUGUGGAGAUGAAAUAUCUCUGCCCAAAACGAGUGAGUGAGUUGCAUGCACUGUCAGUUUUUUUUUUUUUUUUUUUUUUAACCAGGUAAGUCAGUUAAGAACAAAUUCUUAUUUUCAAUGACGGCCUAGGAACAGUGGGUUAACUGCCUGUUCAGGGGCAGAACGACAGAUUUGUACCUUGUCGGCUCGGGGGUUUGAACUUGCAACCUUCCGGUUACUAGUCCAACGCUCUAACCACUAGGCUACCCUGCUGCCCCAGUUCAACAUUCAUGCCUACAGUUUGCCCCAGGGUUAUCCAAGGUAACACUGUAACUCAACCCUGCUUUCAUGCCUAAGGUCAGCGGCAAUUACAAUUGUCUAGUCUUGGAGUUUAUGGCUUUCCACCCGCCGCCCUUCACUUCUAUGGAAGAAGAGCAUCUCCACCGUUUGUGUCCAGUACGAGCUUUGAACAUCUAUUCUGAACAGAAAUAUAAAGCGCAACAUGCUAAAAAAAAUGUUGAGUUAAAGUUCAUAAGGAAAUCAGUCCAUUUAAAUAAAUGAACUAUGCCCUAAUCUAUUGAUUUUACAUGACUGGGCAGGGGUGCAGCCAUUGGUGGGCCUGGGAGGGCAUAGACCUCAUGCUGUUUAAUCAGCUUCUUGAUAUGCCACACCUGUCAGGUGGAUGGAUUAUCUUGGCUAAGGAGAAAUGCUCACUAACUGGGAUGUAAACAAAUGUGUACAAUUUUAAAUGAAGAAGCUUUUUGUGCGUAUUGAAUGUUUAUGGGAUCUUUUAUUUCAGCUCAUGAAACCAACACUUUAUAUGGUGCAUUUAUAUUUUUGUUCAGUAUACUUGGAUAGAACGAGAGCAUGGUAAGAGUGACCAACUCUCCAUCUCCUAGGUGUCCCCCCUGCAAGAGGGCCCCUCUCUUGUCAACGACUAUCCCAUAGUGGAGGCUAUUAAAAUAGCAAGGGUUUGCAGCCCCCUGGGGGCUUGAAGGCUCAUCCCACUAGCUCUUUGGCACUGAUUAAGGGCAUUUGUUUGCAAUACUGCACGUUGGGCCACCCCUCAUACAUUUGAGGUUUUAACAGCUGGAUGUUUCUGCUCCUUCGUUUGUGCCUCAGGGGUGAUAUUGUUGGGACUAGUCUGGCUUCGGAGAGCAAGUGGGCAAUCUAUAUCCCCAUUGUGAGAAAGUGAAGCGAUAUAUUUGAAAUAGAACUUGGGGUUACUUACGUAACCGAGAUUACGAAGUUACAUUUACAACAUUGUGAGUGACUAGACUAAACACGAUUGCACUGCAUUUAAACACAUUUUCCAGCGAUAAUCCCAUGUCUGAAUGUCUGUGGUUGUACUUCACCUCUCAAACAACUGACUUGUCAUUUUUUUAUGUUGUACUCAAAUUUGAUUGAAUAUUAAAAUAUAUUUCUUAUUUCUACCGUA